AUGGAAAUGACUAUUAAUGCAAAUGUUAUUCAUCACGGAGAAAAUAAAGAAAACUAUGAUCCUUCUUCAAAUACUUUUUCACGAAACGGCACUGGUAAUGUUCUUCGCCCAACGCAGAAAAUUCGGCAAACUCGACCACAAGUGCACGGUCGUCCUCCACUAUUAGAAAUUCCCGUGAAUAGUUUGAGAAGAAGGAAUAAUGAAAUAAGCGAAAAUUUGUCUGAUCAUAAUGCUACAGCUACACCUCAAGUAAUGAAUAAUCGUAGUUUAACUCAAGUUGGUUCAAAUGUUGUUCGUGUUAGAAAUGAUUUUAUUAGAAAUCAACAAAUUGUUGAACAAAGGAAUGUUGGGAGAACAUCAAUUGGCCGUCGUAAUAUCCAUACACCAAUCAAUGAUGAUAUUCGACGCGAUAUCAGGCAAAGAGCGUCAAUCAACUCUAUUAACGUUAAUACAUCACAACUAAUUCUCAAUUAUGGUCAAUCCGCAAUUUUUCACCAAGACCUUCAAAUUAAUAGAAAUGUUAAUGGUAAUGAACAAUCUAGUACUUUAUAUACUUAUGGUCCUGGUAGUCAAAAUGACGUUAAUCAUGGAAGAUUAACUACUGAGUCCACUUUGUUCGAAAAUGAUAUUAUAAUGGAUUCAAACUCUUUAUACUCUCAAGGUAUGGAUGUCGAUGUUACAAACUUUGAAGAUUCUCAAGAUAUGGAU